AUGGCGACGACAGCGUUACUAAAUGAGAUAUUGGAGGAGGAGAAUCUGCGCAAGAGUUUAAGGAGCAGCAUAGAGAAGUCUCGCAAGGAGCUGGACACCUUAUGCAGGGAACUUCAGCUGUCCCCCUUCAAGGAGGACAGCGGCACAAUGCUGCAGGUGGAUAAGGAUCUUCGGGUGCGAGUGGAGGCUCUAAUUAAGCAGAAGAGCCAGAGGAUGCAGGAGCUGAAGGACCUGAGGGAGCAGGACCAGGACCUGUGUGACAUCCUAUGCACAGACUCGUUCAGCCUCAUACCCGACGCACACACCGUGCCCUCUCUGCAGCAGCUGCAGCACUUCCGCCAGCACCUCGCCAGUCUGGCUGCGGAAAAGGAAAGGAGGCGUAGUGUGUUUGUGGGCCUUAAGAAGCAGAUUAUCCUGUGUAUGGAGGAUCUGGAGCAGCUGCCAGACACCAGCUUCGAGAGGGACGUGGUUCAUGAGGAUGAGGAUGCCUUCUGCCUUUCUGAAGAAAACAUUGCCUCUCUGAGACUGCUGCUGAGCACGCUGGAGAAGCGGAAGGCGGAGACCGCGGAGCGCUGUGGCGUCUGCCGCAGCCGGAUCCGGGAGCUGUGGGACCGGCUGGAGUUGUGCCAGGAGGAGAGGGACGCGCUCCACCAGCACAUGGCCAGCUCCAAGAAGAGGAACCUGGAGGCUUUGCAAGCAGAGUUGAGUCGUCUGGAGGAGAUGAAGCUUGGUCGUAUUCGGGACUUGAUCAAGGGCAUCCGGUUGGAGAUAGCCUCCUACUGGGACCUGUGCUUUCUGAGUGCUGAGGAGCAGCAGGCCUUCAUCCCGUACUGCAGUGAUGACUUCACAGAGGAGCUGCUGGCUGUGCACAGGGCCGAGCUCCAGCAGCUCAAACAGCGCUACGAGGCUCACAGAGAGCUGUUUGACAGCGUGCGGGGCUGGGAGGACAGCUGGAAGCUCUUCCUGGAGCUGGAGAAAAAAGCAACAGAUCCCUCCAGAUUCAACAACAGAGGGGGGAACCUGCUGAAAGAGGAGAAACAGAGGACUGAUCUGCUCAAAAGCUUGACGAAGCUAGAGAAGAAGCUGAAGGUGCAGAUGGAAGCCUGGACAGAGCAAGAGGGCCAGGAGUUUCUGGUCAGGGGCCACAAUUUCCUGCAGUUUGUGGAGGCACACUGGGAACACCAUCGCACUGAGAAAGAGAGGGAGAAACUGGAGAGGCAUCUGAAGAAGAGCCGGCAGACUGAGGAGGAUAUGCUGUAUGGCACGGUCAAACGGACACCAUCCACAACACAUUCCAAAACAUCGUCAUCUGCAUCAGCAGUGCGUCUGAAAGCUGAAUUAGAGAGAGCUGAGUUGCAAGCCCAAGCUUCCGCUUUAAAACAAAAACGACUACUUGAUGAACAGGAGGCCAAGCUAAGGGCAGAGAGAGAAGAGCUACAGAUACAGACCGCUUUAGCCGCCUCAGAUGCCAAGUUAAAAGUAUUAGACGAGUACGAGAGUCUCCGAGCUUCAUCCAAAGUGACUAAGGGGGAUGGAAUGAGCUCUUACUUAGAGAAAGAGCAGGAGCACUUGGAAUCACAAGCUCACAAACAGGCUAUGCCUACUCCCUAUGCUGCAGCUAUGGUAAAAACAGAACCUGCUAGCAGUAACAACCACAGUGCACCUGCUAGUGCUAAGAAGACCGAACAAGAGUCUCUGCAACAAGAGUCCACACAAGCCAUCAUGGAUUUCCUAGUGAAACAACAAAACCUCACUACUCUGCCCCCACAACAGAUUCCUAUAUUCAAGGGAGACCCUAUGGAGUAUAGGCUAUUCAUCAGGGCCUUCGAACAUGGAGUGGAGGACAAGACGGAUAGUAGCAAAGACCGUCUGUACUUCAUGGAGCAGUACACGGAUGGACAGCCAAGAGAGCUGAUAAGAAGUUGUCUUCACAUAGAACCAGAGCGUGGCUAUCGCGAGGCAAAGAAGCUCUUGAAAGUGCAUUUCGGAAAUGGAUACAAGAUCUCAAUGGUGUAUAUCGACAAGGCACUGAACUGGCCGACUAUCAAGUCUGAUGAUGGAGAGGCGCUUCACUCCUUUGGCCUCUAUCUCAUUGGAUGCCUCAACGCAAUGGCGGACGUGGAGUACAUGGAGGAGCUUGACUGCGUAUCCAAUAUGCGUGCUAUCGUAGCCAAGCUUCCGUACAGACAGAGGGAGCGGUGGAGAAGCAAAGCCUAUGCUCUCCUAGAGAAAGAGCAGCGCAGCGCUAAGUUCAGCGAUCUUGCCGAGUUUGUAAACCUCCAAGCCAAAGAAGCCCUGCACCCUCUCUUCAGCAACCUAACAGAUAGAAACAGGAGCCAAGCUAAGGCUCACAAGGACGAGAAGUCAACCAGAAAGAGUGGCGCUCAGAGAAGCUUCACUACUGCUGCUACAGCAGUCAAGAACCCAGCAGAGAUGAAAGCAAAGGCCAAGGGGGAUACACUCUGCUUUCUCGAACCCUUGUCUCUUCUGCCAAAAUGA